GCAGCGCAGCGCCGACGCUACAUCUUCCUCGCGGCGCCGCUCAGGCUCGGUCCCUCAGCGCAGAUCUUCUGCUCCUUCCGCACUCGCGCUCAGGGCUCGGUCUCUUCCGCGCGUCGGCGGCUCCCCCUUGGCGGCGUCCAGCGACGGAGAGGCAGUCCCAGGCUCGGCGGCGGCGUCGGCGGCUCCCCCUCCCGCCUCUCACCAGUCGCCUCGCGCCCUCGACUCCGUCCUCCGCGCACCGGCCGGCGACCCUGCGUACGCACGUCCCUCUCCCCUCCCGCCUCUGCUGUACCGUGGGAGCCCGGCCAGCUGCCCAGGGUGGCCGGGCCUUGGCUCCGCCGGUGUUUCAGGGGCUGAUUGGGUGACCAAACCCGCAGAGUUUGGGGUUGUGAUUUGGGAGCGAGAGGCGGCCGCGAUAUGGAAUAUAAGGCGAGAUCUUCUGGGACCUCAGGAACUUCCACUAAAAGUUUCCGUGAUCUGUACAAUAUGAAGUACUCAAGCUACUUAAAUGACGAACCAAUGCCAGAUGCUACAUCAGAAAAGGAGCAGGGAAAUGAAUAUUUCAAACAGAAGAAGUUCGCUGAUGCUAUUGAGUGCUAUUCCAGAAGUAUUGGGCUGUCUCCUACAGCAGUCACAUUUGCAAAUAGAGCUAUGGCAUAUCUUAAACUAAGAAGGUUCAAGGAGGCAGAGGACGAUUGCACUGAAGCUCUGAAUCUGGAUGAUCGCUAUAUUAAAGCAUACUCACGCCGAAUUACUGCACGAAAAGAACUUGGGAAGCUUAAGGAGGCAAUGGAAGAUGCUGAAUUUGCCAUCAGUCUUGAUCCAAACAAUCCAGAGCUAAGGAAGCAGUAUUCUGAGAUAAAAGCUUUGCACAUGGAGAAAAUGGCUAAAAAGGUUCCAGCACCAGCUAAACGUGCAGUUUCUGGAAUUGCUAAAACUGCUGAUGUCACUUCUCACCCACCGACUAUCUCCCAGAAGGACACUAUCAUGGAAGUUGAUCCGCCUGUUGGAGAUGCAAUGAAGAUCAGAGAGAGUGCAAGCGGCAGGUCUAACGGAGGAUCUGGAGUCAUCAUCAAUGACAAUACCAUACAGCAGACCCAAGGUCGGGAUGCUAACCUGAAGCCUGGGCCAGAAGUUUCAGUUCAAGAUCUUGCAGCUCGUGCUGCUUCACGGUAUAUGGCCAGCACUGUGAAAAGCGUUAAGACGCCAAAAACAGCUUAUGACUUUGAGGUUUCUUGGAGAGCUCUUUCUGAUGACACUGCCCAGCAAAUACAGUUAUUAAAGUCAAUUCCACCAGCAAGCUUACCAGAGAUUUUCAAGAACGCACUUUCUGCACCUUUUCUUAUUGACAUCGUGAAGUGUUCAGCCUCAAUUUUCCGGGAUGAUACGGCAUUAGCUGUCAGUAUUUUGGAGAAUUUGGCUCGAGUUCCACGCUUUGACUUGAUAAUCAUGUGCCUUUCAUCCAUGCACAAAUCUGAACUGAGGAAGAUAUGGGAUCAAGUAUUCCUUGCUGAAAAGGCAUCGGCUGAUGAUCAGAUGGAAGCUCUUAGGCAGCUGCGAGGCAGAUACAUUCCGGGAGGAUGGCAGGAUAGCAUGCUCACUUCGAGUUAAAUUAAAUUAAAUUAAAUCAAUGAUGAUGAUGAUGUAAAGACUGAUGAUUAGAAAACCUUCUGCUGGCUUCCCCACUGAUCUUUUUGCAUCCAUCUGUUCUGGAGUGCUUGUCAAAUGUUAAGCCCAUGGGAUUUAGCGAACUUGAAGCAUUUAGUGUAGGAACAUGUGACGGCUGCAAGCCUGCAAAUGGUUGUGAUAUUCUUGCUGAGAUGAAAGGGUCGUUGUGUUGUGCCUGCUGCUACUGUAACCUGGCCUUGUGCUCCUCCUUCCACAUUGUAUGCUGGUUUGCCGGAUUCCUGACGCUGGCACAUUGUACACUAACUCCAAGCCCAGAUGUUUGUACUA